AACGUGACAAGAAGCAAGCAGGAAAUAUUAACACCAGAGAGGACAAGACAAGAACAUAGGUGUAUGAAGAAGCAAAUAAUUAAAAAUGACCAAACUUACUACAGAGCUCCUACUGAAGAAAGGGCUUCCCAAAUGCAGCCAUUUGAAAGAUCUGAAAAAACUAAAUUUAUCCAAGAUGCAGCUAGACUUGAAAGAUCUUGACCAAAAACUAUUUUCACAAAUGGUAAACCUUGAUGAACUGGAUAUUUCCCACAACACUCUUUCUGAUCUUCCUGGCAAUCUCAGGCUCCAUAAUUUAAGAAUUCUCAACUUUGCGGACAACCACGUUGAAGAUGUUACUGUGUUAAAGCAGUUUCCAAACCUGGAGGAGGUUAUAUAUGAAGAUAAUAUAUACUUAACUGUCAGCGAUAAUUACAAGGUAUUUUGUCUUCUACCUAAACUCAGAAGGCUGAAUAAUAAGGAUAUAACAUCAUUAGCAAAUCAUGUUCGUUUUGUGAACCACCGGGAGUUAAGCAACAGGGUUGAAGCAUACUGGGAGAGUAAGUACAAAGAUAAACUCCCUGACAAGCCUCCAUCACAGAAGAUCAAUGCAGUGGCUAAAGAUUUUAUAAAGGCUGUAGUGGAUAACGUCAGAUAUGGACCAAGUUCUCUAAAAGAUUUUGUGAGGUGGAAAGUUGAAAUGAUCGCAAGAAAUUUAAUCUUCUCCCUGUCCAAUGACCCCAAAAAGGAUACGGAUCCUGUUCUACAAACAAGUGAAGAUACUGCCGUGGAAAAUUCUAGUAAAAAGCGUGAAAGUGCAGAUGAGUGCACAGAGGGAUCUCCAACCAAGAGACCAAGAAUCCAGAUUGAUUUGCAGUCAAUGCCUUUGUCACCCCGCAAAUCUAGCAGACUGCAGAACAGCCCACUGUGCUUGACUCCAACCAAGCGAAAGCAAGAGACCAGCGCACAGGGAACCCCAAGUAAAUUCAUAGAGACUAAGUCUCCUAAAAUAGCGUUGAAGACCACCCCAUCUAAAAAACAUACUAAUGAAUUGAGUGCCAAGAUCACUGGGAAACCUAAACUUCCAUUAACACCAAAAAAAAUCCAUAAAGCGCUUGACAACAUUGAGCCCCUCCACUUCCUUCAGUGCCACAGUAAGAACAACAGCUGUGAGGAUUUCAAGACUCAGCUAUGGGCUUGUGCGUUUGAGCCUAAUUUGGACUCCAGUUGCCCGAAAGCUGUAGCAACUUGUGGUGGGGACUCUAUCUGUAUCAUUGACUGUGAAACUGGGAAAGUUAUGAAAAAAUACAAAGUGACUGGAGAGGAGUUUUUCACAUUGGUUUGGACUACUUUAACCAUGAUAGGCAAAGAUGGACAAAAGCGCAAGAUCAACGUUUUAGCAGCAGGUGGAAAAUAUGGAGUUGUAAGAAUGAUCCAUGCCAAAGGCAGUUUAUGCUACGGUGAAAUAAAGGCACACAAAAAGGCAAUAUCGAUCAUGUGUUUUAGCCCAAAACAGGAAACCUUCCUUUUCACUGGAUCAUAUGAUAAACGAAUCAUCUUAUGGGAUAUCGGGGUUCCAGAUUGUGACUACAACUUCAGACCCAGUCAAUUGCUGACACUGGACACUACAUCGGUCCCUCUAAGAAUGUGCGUGGUUCCUUCUUGUCCCGAUGAGUUCUUGGUGGCUGCUUGUGAAGACGGAUGCUUUGCGUGGGAUAUCGGACUAGACAAGAAACAAGGAAGACGGUCACAUGAAGUAGAAUUCAAUUUUCCAUUAUAUAAAGAAGAAAGAAAGGACAAGUGCUUUCAUAUUAUAGACAGUCUAGCCUUUCUUAAUGAAGAUAUUAUAGCUUCAAAAAGUGUAAUGCAAGGAUCUAUAUACCUGUGGAGCUGGGAGAAGACUUUAAAGAGCAGAAAAAAUAAGAAUGUCAAAAAACUGGAUGCAGUCAUUUUAUCUCAAAUGAAAUGGUCAAGCUCAGAAACACCAUAUCUUGUUCUUAGUACUUCACCAGAGAGAGACUGUGUUUUUUGUGGUGAUGAAGAUGGAAAGAUUUGGAUAUAUGACCUUGAUUCCUGCAAAGCAGACCUACAGAGAGGCAAACUAUGCAGCACUGUUAAAGAACCAACUAAGAUUCUCAGUUGGCCAUUACUAUGUUCUCAAAAAGAGAAGACCGUGGACAAGACUUUGAUAAAUGUGGUGACCGUGGACCCAGCAAUGGAAUACUUAGUGGCUUUAACAGAUAUUAAUAUUGUUUCCAUAUGGAAAAUACAAUAAGUGAUCUUUAUUUAAAGGUGCACAUAUUGUUCCUGUUCUACAGACAGGGGGAAAAUUAUUACUUUUACUGUACAAUAUUUUAACUUGUGAAAAGAGCGUUGAUUUUAUACAUUUUAUAACAUUUAAUAUUUUAUGCCAAUUUGUAAGAAUGUUCAUGCGUAGUGCAUGUGUAUUAUUAUUUUUACAUUCCUCCUUUUAUCAAGGAAAAGUUAAAAUAAUGGAUUCCCGAGUUUUGUGCUGAUUGCAUCUUUAGAAAUGUGAUCAUUCAGAACUAAAGAAUGCAUUCAAUAAAGGGAAAUCCAAA